ACAAUUUUAAGUGCGUAAACAUCUUGUUAUAAUUGGCCAAUAUCUUUACCAGUACCAACUACCCGGACACCAAUAAUUCCGAAUCAUCAAUCUUCAAAUACAUACCUAGAAGCUACACUCCUUUUCUCACUACUACGCAUCCCUUUAUCACUAUUAUUUUCAAAAUUGGAAUUUACAAGAGUCACGUGCCUACAUACAACCCGCCAGUAUGACAUCACAUCAGGCGUCAGGCUACUCCCCAGAGGAGGACGAAGAUGACGAUUAUAUGAAUAUGACCUUUGGAGAGGAACCAAAAGCAGUCGAGACAUCGCUUCAACGGCGACAGCGACUGAAGCGCGAGGGCGAGAUCAAGGGACGCGUGAAGUCAAAGGAGGAGCAAGCCGCGGAAGAGCGAGUAGAGCGCGAAGAAGCGCUCUCCCAAUCCCUGUUAGAAACCGCUCGCGCGAAGAAAAGCAAGGGUUUCGCCAUGAUGGCAAAGAUGGGCUUUAAGCCCGGCGCCGCUCUGGGAAGCAAAGAAAACGCGGAGAACGCGAGGCUGGAGCCGAUUCGCCCGGAGAUGAAGGAUGAUCGUGGUGGCAUCGGUCUGGACUCGGAGAGGAAAAGGCGUCUGAAUGAGGCGGCGCAAGGGGUCGAGAAGAAGAGAAAAGUCGAUGAGACGGAGUUUCGAGAUCGUGUUAGGAGGGAGAGGGAACAGGCGAGGAUGGAGAGACAGGUUUAUGCUGGGAUGAAGGUCUGCGAGAAGUUAGAUGAGGAGAGAGGAUUGGAUGGAACGCAGGAAACGAAUGACGAUUCGGACGAGGGAGCUACAAAGAGGAAGAAGAAGAGGGCGAUAUCAACUAGACCUCUCAAAUCCAUCCCCGUGGUCUGGAGAGGCCUUAUUCGGAACCGCGAAGAAGCGGAGCGAGAUCGCCGCAUGCGAUACGACCUAGAGCAGAGUUCGACACGCCUCCCAACUUACGUGGACGAUCUAGAAGACGAAGACGAUAAGAAGGCCAUGGGUAAAACAAAUGUGGCGUACGCUCCCGUCGAAGAUCUCGAUGAAGAGGAUCCGGAACUAGACGAGUUCAACGCACUUGAGGUUGAGGAGAGGUUAAGAAAAUUGGUGGAACAUUUGAGAAAGGAGCACAACUACUGCUUCUGGUGCAAAUGCGACUAUCCUGAUGAGGCUAUGAAUGGGUGUCCCGGCCUUACGGAAGAGGACCAUGAUUGAUAAUAGAUUGUGGCGGCGCCCCUUCGGACUUCGGUAUAUCCAUCCUCUUUCCAUAGUUCACCCUCGGCCGGCUUAACUUUUAAGCGCCGCACAUAAGAUACCCUCCAGGCGUUUCUCUCGAUUUCAAUUAUCGAGAAAUAGUCUCGACGCGGUGUUUUCACUGCCAAUUAACUAGUGAAUUCAUGACUCAACACCUAUCGCGAUGUGGACUAUAGGAUAAUAAAACCUUUAACUAAUUGAGAUUUAAUGAUAUGAUGAGAGUACCCUCUCU